CUCAGUCCCCGCCUGACUAGCCUCCCUUGACUCCCCUAGCGCCCGACUAGACGAGCCUAGCUGUGUUUACUCGUCCAGCUGCCGCCUCGCUAGUGGGACAUUUUUCUCUCCAUUCUCUCCCUGCAAGCAGUCAGCAAGAAAUUAGCGCAAGAUUUUCCUCGGAUUGCUGGUGCUUGUGUUGAUUGUGAGAAGAGAUUGUGACCUUGACCAGUCACCAUGGGGAAAGGAAUGUCUCAUCUCUCCAAGGACGAUCUGCGCUUCUUGCAGGAAAACACAAAAUUUAACAAGGACGAAAUUAAGCAGUGGUACAAAGGUUUUAUGAGAGACUGCCCAGAUGGCCAACUAUCCAAGGAAAAGUUCAAGGAGGUUUAUGCCCAGUUCUUCCCUGGCGGUGACCCGGAGUCUUUCUGUGAUCAUGUCUUCCGUUCAUUUGACAAGGAUGGUAGUGGAUCAAUUGAGUUCAAAGAGUUUCUACUAGCUAUCAACAUUACCUCUAACAAAGGCGACCCCAAGGAGAAGCUCAACUGGGCUUUCUCCAUGUACGACAUUGAUGGCAAUGGCACCAUCGACAAGGAAGAGAUGGAGAGUAUCAUAAAGGCUAUCUACAAUAUGCUGGGCAGCGCCAUCCAGGAACAGCAGAUAGAAACACCGCAGGAGAGGACCAAGAAAAUCUUCAACAAGAUGGACACCAACAACGACGGCGUCUUGUCCAAGGAGGAGUUUGUACAGGGCUGUAUGAAUGACCGCUGUCUGUACCAAAUGCUGACUGCUGACGGGGAAGCACCAAAAGAAUAAUGUCAACAAGGGGUGGGGGGAGGGGGGGGGGGGCAGGGUUAUACAAUUUAAACAAUUCUGGAAGGAAGGUGAUAAACGUGUGUAAAAGAAAUGUUUAUAAAUGGUAUGAGCAUGACUGAAAUGUGUAUCAAAUGUGUACCAAAAGAAAUGUGUAUCAAAUGUGUAUCAAAUGAUCAUGACAUUUUCUCUCUCCACUCUACUGUAAAUAUCACUGGCCAUUAUUUGAACUUGGGUUUGUUUUAACAUUUCAAGUUUUUAAAGUUGAGUCAUUUUGUGGUGCCCUAACUGUAAGCUGACCAAAGCCAACUUUGGAUGAAGUCUGUACAGAGUUCUGCUGUCUAGAACUGACUGAACUCCCAGUUGAAGCCAUCAGCCCAAUAGAACCACGUAACCAGUAGAACCACGUAACCAGUUUCAUCUUCUUGUGCCUCUCGUUUCCUGGAUUUAAAUAUAUGCAAGAAAAAUGUUACGAACGUAAACAUUGAUUUGUAAAUGACUAAAUCAUCUUCCCACCUAUACCACACACCAUCCCACACACACCAUGCCACACACACCAUGCCACACACACCAUGCCACACACACCAUGCCGCACUCCCACACUUUGAUCUGUGAUGCACAUUCUAAUUUGACAUUUUUCUACUCCCACUCCUUAUCUAGACCAACUAAAAACAAAAUUUAAUACUUGAAUGAUAAACAAUAUUUCAACUUUUCAUUGCUUGCACCUGUAUCAGAUGAUGUAACCAACUGCACAUGUUAAAUAGAACCAUUCUUAAACAAAGAUUUACAUUUUUAGACAUUAACAUGUCAGUUUCAUCGCCUGUCUGUUUCAUUGUCUGUCUGUUUCAUUGUCUGUCUGUUUCAUUGUCUGUCUGUUUCAUUGCCUGUCUGUUUCAUUGCCUGUCUGUUUCAUUGCCUGUCUGUUUCAUCGCCUGUCUGUUUCAUCGCCUGUCUGUUUCAUUGUCUGUCUGUUUCAUUGCCUGUCUGUUUCAUUGUCUGUCUGUUUCAUUGUCUGUCUGUUUCAUUGCCUGUCUGUUUCAUUGUCUGUCUGUUUCAUCGCCUGUCUGUUUCAUCGCCUGUCUGUUUCAUUGUCUGUCUGUUUCAUUGCCUGUCUGUUUCAUUGUCUGUCUGUUUCAUUGUCUGUCUGUUUCAUUGCCUGUCUGUUUCAUUGUCUGUCUGUUUCAUUGCCUGUCUGUUUCAUUGUCUGUCUAUUUCAUUGCCUGUCUGUUUCAUUGUCUGUCUGUUUCAUUGUCUGUCUGUUUCAUUGCCUGUCUGUUUCAUUGUCUGUCUGUUUCAUUGUCUGUCUGUUUCAUUGCCUGUCUGUUUCAUUGUCUGUCUGUUUCAUUGUCUGUCUGUUUCAUUGCCUGUCUGUUUCAUUGUCUGUCUGUUUCAUUGUCUGUCUGUUUCAUUGUCUGUCUGUUUCAUUGCCUGUCUGUUUCAUUGUCUGUCUGUUUCAUUGCCUGUCUGUUUCAUUGCCUGUCUGUUUCAUUGUCUGUCUGUUUCAUUGUCUGUCUGUUUCAUUGUCUGUCUGUUUCAUUGCCUGUCUGUUUCAUUGUCUGUCUGUUUCAUUGCCUGUCUGUUUCAUUGUCUGUCUGUUUCAUUGCCUGUCUGUUUCAUUGCCUGUCUGUUUCAUUGUCUGUCUGUUUCAUUGUCUGUCUGUUUCAUUGCCUGUCUGUUUCAUUGCCUGUCUGUUUCAUUGCCUGUCUUUUUUAUUUCAGCUUUUUUACAGCACAUUCCUGUCUUUGUGUAGCAAUGGUUUGCGUGUGUGUG